AUGAAGUUGUUGGAAGAUAGAAAUGCCAACAAUCGUAAGCAUGAAGCGGUAGCCGAGAACGUAACUAUUAUGGGAUCCGGGGGCACCAGAAAUGGAAUCCCAACCCAAGAGCUAGCAACGAUCGAUGCAAGGCAAGUGGGAAGAGUUUGCUCCUACAAGACGUUUUUAAUUUGCAAACCACCGGAGUUCAUGGGGUCAGAUGAUCCUGUGGCAUGCAUGAACUGGCUUCGAGAGAUCGAGCAGGCCUUUCGAGCUUGUGACUGUGACGAAGGUCAAAAGGCAAAGUUUGGCUCUCAUAUGCUAAGGGGUGCGGCCCUUACCUGGUGGAACAUUGUUAUAUCAACCAUAGAGGCCCAAGAGCUAGCCAAGAUGAGUUGGGCCACAUUUAAAGAGAAAGUAAUGGAGGAAUAUUGCAAUGAACAAGAGAUGGACUGCAUUGAAAAAGAGUUCCGGACCCUUAAGAAGGAAAACUUGUCAGUGAGAGACUAUACACGGCUUUUCAUGGAAAAACUGAACUUAGUGGGAUAUGUGGCUCCAACAGAGAAAGAAAAGAUAAAAGCCUACCUAAAAGGAUUGCCCGCAGACAUGAUGGUUAUGGUUAGGAACUCCAGGGCUUCCACCCUUAGGGAGACAAUCGAAGAGGCAAAGGUCAUGGAAUCGGUUUAUAGUAAAGGGAAAGAAGAGAAAGUGGCAAGUGGUGAGAAAAGGAAGUGGGAAGGUCAAUUCGCGCGUUCCAAGAGACCGAACCACCUCAACAACAACAAUCAUGGAGUUUAUCCUAGACAAGAGGCUAGGUGGUGCCCCAAAUGCCGCAUGAAACACCACGGCCCGUGCACCACCAACUUUACUCCUGCAAAAUGUUUUAAAUGUGGGAAACCAGGCCAUACGCGAAAUGAGUGUCCUAUCAAAGGACCCAUCUGUUUUGGAUGCGGAGAGCCGGGUCACUUCAGGAAUGACUGUCCGAAGAUGAAGGCUGGAGGGGGCCAGGGAAGAAAAGAAAAUACCCCGAAAGCAGUCGGUCGAGCCUUUCAAAUGACUAUUGAGGAAGCUAAAGCAUCGACGGAUGUGGUGUCGGGUACGUUCCUUGUUAACUCUGUACCUGCACAUGUGCUUUUUGAUUCAGAUGCUUCAUGUUCCUUUGUAUCCACUACAUUAUACCAACUCUUGCAUACGCCCCCUAACACUCUAGAAAAUGCCUUGAUCAUUGAGUUAGCAAAUGGUAGUAGAGUUCUGGUGCGUGAGGUUGUUAGGAACUACGCAUUGGGAAUCGAGGGAAGGGAAUUUCGGGUAGACCUUAUACCCAUGACUAUCGGCAGAUUUGACACCAUAAUUAGAAUGGACUAG